AGCGGCUUUCAGGCUUCCAGGACCUCUGACUCCUAGUCGCCAUGGCCAUGGCGCGCCUCUUCCUCUUGGCCCACUUCUGUGCGGCGGCCGCCGGCGACGCCAAGUCCCUGAGAGCGGCAAAUGCGACAGCGACUGGGCAGUUGCUCCGGAUCUCCCAAGGCGGCCAGUCACGCGGCUACGAACGCAAACGCCGCGAAUGCCACGGGCAUCGAGGUCGCGGGCAGGACCAAUGCUUCCGCCGCAGGCUUCGACUGGUGGCCCUUUGGCAGGCCCAAGUGGCAAGAGGCCAGGUCGCGUGGCGGCUGGGGAGAUUGGUGGGGAGGUGGUGGAGGUGGUGGAGAUGAUGGAGGUGAAGGUCGCCGCCGGGACGACGGCGGCCGACGCCGCGACGGGGAUGGUCGUCGCCGCGACGGGGAUGGCCGGCGCCGGGAUGGGGACGACCGGCGCCGAGAUGGAGAGGGCCGGCGUCGAGACGACCGCCGCCGAGACGACCGCCGCCGAGAGAGCGACCGCCGCCGGGAGAGCGACCGCCGUAGAAGCGGCGGCUUCGGCUGGGGCCACGGCGUGCCUGGAGAGACGUGCUGCAUGUGUUCCUCACACAGCUGGAGCACUACCUAUCUCUAUGCGGUGGCAGACUACGACCACAUGUACGGCUCCCGCACGGCGCAUCAGUACUGCUCCUUCGAGUGCGCGACACGCUGCCGUCGCCAGGGCGGCGAGGAAUUCGGCUGCUACGAGGAGGACGAGUUGAUCGCGAUGAGUCGCCUCUACGCGGGCCGGGCAGACUUUGUAAUCUUGCACGAGAAUCAUUUUGGCAGCAUUUGCUGAGUCACUGUUUCUCAACAUAGGGCCGCACCCCCAA